AUGGAAGAUAUGGAAAUAGACGGGACUGAAGCUCAACCUUAUGUACUUAUAGAAACCGGAAACUUGCCUAUUACUGUUGGAAACAGGCCUAUAUACACAAAUGGUCGAUAUAUUUCUAAGUCAACACCGACUCCUUUAAAGUCGACAAAAACGGGCGUAGUAUAUGAUAGAAGAAUGAGAUACCAUGCUAAUAUUCACGAAGACGAGCAUCACCCAGAAGAUCCUAGCAGGAUUAGCUCGAUUCAAAAUAUGUUUAAGGCAGCUGGAUGUCUUGAAAAGAUGAUUCUCAUAAAUGCUCGUGAAGUUACAAAGGACGAAGUCCGCCUUGUGCAUACUGAUGAGCAUUGGGAUUUUGUAGCAAAGACAUCAGCAUUGUCUGAGGCUCAAUUGGGCAAAGUUGCUGAUGAUUAUAAUUCGAUUUAUGUAAAUAAAGAAACAGCAUUAAGUGCGCGACUUUCUUGCGGUGGAGUAAUUGAACUAUGUAAAGCAGUGGCGAGGGGGGAUGUGACCAAUGGUUUUGCAAAUGUAAGGCCACCAGGACAUCACGCGGAAAUAAAUGAACCUAUGGGAUUUUGUUUUUUUAAUAAUGUUGCUGUUGCUGCCCAAUGCUUAAAAAGAGAUUUAAAGAUAGAAAAAGUAUUCAUUCUUGACUGGGACAUUCAUCAUGGUAAUGGCACUCAAAAAGCUUUUUACAACGAUCCUAAUGUGGUAUAUUGCUCGAUACAUCGCUAUGACAACGCGAAUUUCUAUCCUGGAGAUCCGCAAGCAGGUCAUACAUUUGUUGGAGGUGGACAGGCCAAAGGGAAGACGAUAAAUAUACCGUGGCCUCGUCCUGGAAUGCAUGAUAGUGAUUACAUAUAUGCAUUUAACAAAGUUGUAAUGCCUAUUGCUUAUGAAUUCGAUCCAGAUAUUGUGAUCGUUUCUGCCGGGUUUGACGCAGCUGAAGGUGACCCAAUUGGAGAAAAUCACGUGACACCAGCUGCUUUUGGACACAUGACGCACAUGUUGAAGUCAUUGGCUGCUGGAAAAUUGGUUUUGGCUUUGGAGGGUGGAUAUAAUUUGGAUUCUAUAUCGAAUUCUGCGUUGGCAUGUGUAAAAGUCUUACUUGGUGAACAUCCAGCUAAACUAGGGCCUAUAAAGCCUAGUCAAGAAUGUGUGGAGACUAUUUAUCAAGUCAUGCGCGUUCAAUCACGAUAUUGGUCUUGCCUUAAACCAAUAUAUAUAGAUUCUACCGAAGAGAAAGUGCCAGGAAAAUUAGUUAUUGAUAUAAUGGACAUGGUGAAGCUAUUCCGAACAAGGGCUGACACGUGUGCCACUUCGAACUUAACCAAUCUUGCGACAUCAUAUAUGAGUGACUCAGUAUAUCAGUAUAUAGAAACCAUAAUAAACCAAAGUUACGGCAUCGUUGACGUUGACGUUCCUCCAGCAACCAAUGAUACACAAAAAUCGGAUCUCCACGACUUAAAAGAUUUGUUGAUUUUCUUAUGGGAUCAUUUUGUGGACUACGCAAAUCCUAAAAAAGUUGUUAUAAUUGGUGCAGGAAGAGGAUGCAAGAGUCUAAUGCAUUGUAUAAAUGACCGAGACACAAUGAUUAUGCGGUCCACUGCCUGCGUAAUAAUGGUGCCGGGAAACAAUGAUUCAGUUCCAACAAUCGCCAAAAAAGGAGACAUAGUAAAUUGGUAUUUUGAUAAUUCCCUCGUAAUUCUUCCUGAAAAUCAUGUUUAUUGGUCCAAAAAGGGCGGGAAAAAAGACUCUGGAAAGUGUAUACAAGUUCCAGCUUCACAUAUUGAGACAAGAUAUAAUUGA